AUGGUGUCUUAUAAAGAGUUUGACGCUUUGAACAAGCGUGUUCAUGAACUUUCAAACAAUCAAAAUGAGGGUUUCAAGGAAAUCAACAAGAGAAUCGAUGAGGCUCAGAAUACAGUUUCUCCAGCAUUGUUAGCAGGUUUAGGAGGCUUGUUAGACACUAAGAUAGCAUCUCUGGAAGAAAGGAUUCUCAAUCGAACUAAAAUAGGAGAUGGAUUGUUUGAGAAUCCCUUCAUUCAUCAACCCCAACCAGGUGAAGAAGGUAACCGAAGGAUUCUAACUCACCAAUUUUCUAAUACCCGUAAACCUAAAUUAGAUUUUCCAAAGUUUGAUGGGGGUAACCCUAAAUCUUGGAUUCAUAAGUGUAAUAAAUUUUUUCAAUUACAUCUGAUGGAUGAGGAACAGAAAUUCAUGGUUGCUUCCUUGCAUUUAGAGGGUAAAGAAGAUGUAUGGUAUCAAGACUAUCGGGUGGGAAAAGAGAUAAUCCUAUGGGAGGAGUUUUGCAGUGACAUCAAUUUUCGAUUUCAGGAACUUGGACAUGAUGAUGUGGUAGGGGAAUUCAAUAAGCUUUGUCAAGAAGGCACAAUACUAGAGUAUCAAGAGCUAUUUGAAGAGCUCAAGGCAUUAAUGAUUGCUAAGAAUAAAUACUUGAAUGAAACUUACUUCACUUCUAGCUUUGUCAGUGGACUCAAGGAGGAAAUCAGAAUGGCAGUACAAGUGCAUUCACCCUCAACACUCAAUCAGGCCAUGUACUUAGCUAGGAUGCAAGAGGCUGUGAUGGAGAAGGCAACUAAGAAGGACAAAUUUGUUUUAAGACUCCCUGCACUCUCAAUAGGCAGUAGCAAUUCUAAAAGCUUUGUGACUCCACCUAAGUCCAAUUCACCAUCCCCUACCAGUGGAUCCAGCCUUAAAAUACCUCCCAUCAAGAAAUUAACUUAUGCUCAGAUGAGGGCAAGAAGGGAAAAGGGCUUAUGUUAUAAUUGUGAUGAAAGGUAUGAGAUAGGUCACAUGUGUGUUAAACAGCAGUUGUACAUGUUAGUAGGAGAAGAAGAGGAGCUAGCUACUUCUGAAGAGGAGUCACCUGGUAGUUCACCUGUCAUCCAAGAACUAGAAGAAGAAGUAGAAGUGUCAUUACAUGCCAUAUCUGGUAAUAUUUCUCACAACACUAUUAAAAUUCAAGGAAUCACUAAGAAUAUAAGGUCCUUCACUGUCUUAAUUGAUAGUGCUAGCACACACUGCUUUAUUGAUCCAGAAAUGGCCAGACUCAGUGGUGCAUUGAUAGAGCCCACUGCUGCCUUGCAAGUAGCUGCGGCAGAUGGUAACAAGGUUAUCAGUGAUGCUAAAUGUCAUCAGUUUGGCUGGAAAAUGCAGGGGCAUAACUUUUCCUUUGAUGUCAGAGUGCUAGACUUGGGGGAGGGGGGUGACAUGGUGUUAGGAGUAGACUGGAUGAAGAAUAUAAGCCCUGUGAAGUUUGAUUUUAAAAAUAUGACAAUAUCCUUCAUCCAAGGUGGUAAUAAAUUGAGCUUAAGGGGAUUACAGAAGAAUUCGAAAUUUCUUCCAUCCAUAGAGCCUCACCCUCAAACACCAAAGGUUCUAGAAACAAUCCUCACCAAGUAUUCCUCCAUAUUCAAUGAGCGCACUUCAUUACCACCUGAAAGAUCUCAUGAUCAUCAUAUACCCUUGCAGCCAAAUACAACUCCACCUAACCAAAGACCCUACAUGAUUCCAUAUGUGCAGAAGGAAGUAGUAGAGAAAUUAGUGGAGGAGAUGCUCAAGCCAGGGAUAAUAAAGCCUAGUCAUAGUCCAUUCUCCUCCCCCAUUCUAUUGGUUAAAAAUAAAGAUGGAAGUUGGAGGUUUUGUGUUGACUACAUUAAGGUCAAUGAGAUUACUGUUAACGAUAAGUACCCAAUUCCAGUAAUUGAGGAGUUAUUGGAUGAACUCAAAGGGUCCUUUAUUUUUUCAAAGAUUGAUUUGAGAGCAGAGUACCAUCAGAUUCUUGAGGACAAUAAUCUAAAGAAGAGAGAGCCUUUGUCAUAG